AUGUUUCCCGAGCCUCAGAUCUGGCAAGAGUCAAGUCACUGUCAGAUGAAAGAAGAGCUGUGUCGUCUGCAAAAAGAACAACACUCCCGACAAUCUCCCAUUGAUAUUCGCUUUAGUAGUGCCGUCAGUGUGGUCCUACCGCCUCUGAGGUUUCAGAACUUGCUUAGCAGUGACGUCCGUGUCAUCAUGAUGAACACUGGGACCACAGUGGACUUUAAAAUAGCAGAAGAAGGAGUGGUGAGGCCCAGCCUGACCGGAGGCCCGCUGCUGAGCCAUGGGGAGUUUCAGUUCUAUAAUAUUCACAUGCAUUGGGGGAUGAGGGACGUCCUUGGGAGUGAGCACAAGGUGAAUGGACGGAGUUACGCAAUUGAAGGACACUGCGUUCACUUCAAUACAAAGUACGGGAGUUACAAGGAAGCUAGUAAAUACCAUGAUGGCUUGGCAGUUGUCGCAUUUUUCGGAGAAGCAGGAAAGGUAGACAAUCCUAAGAUUGAGCGACUAGUCAAACGUCUGGGAAAUGUCAAACAUCCCAAUUCCUCAGUAUCGAUGAGCGCUAGGGAAAGUUUAAGUUGGUUCGCCGAUCUGGGGGAACCCACCAACUACUUCACGUAUCCUGGUUCUCUAACUACUUUCCCCUACUCCGAGAACGUCAUCUGGAUCGUCUAUCCACGACCGCUUUUAAUAUCCUUUAGACAGGUUAAAGCAUUCAGAAAAUUGCUAUCAAGUGACUGCAUUGCCAACACGGAAAACACCAGACCGCUACAGAAGUUCAACUGCAGACCUCUGAUAUAUGCUAUCGGGACCUGAGAGUUGUACACAACAAACAAUAAUUCAUCCCAGUGUAAAUAUACUUGUAUUUAUGUCAGUUUAUUAUAAAAAAAGGUAUGAAAUUUA